AUGGCAGCUUGGAACUCCGACCAUUUCGACUCACCUAUAUUUCGGCCUAGUGGUUAUUUCCACAACUUGCCGUUUGUCGUUAGAUAUCGCUGCUACCCAGUUUCAUUUAUAGGGAAGGAAGCUAUGGAAUGCGGUAACAAGAUAUCUAUGCCACCUAGCGCUCUGAACGAGUUAGCAUCUCGUAAUAUCUCUUGGCCGAUGAUAUUCUACCUACGUAAUGAAGAAUCAGGACUCUCCACCCAUGCGGGUGUCCUGGAAUUUGUUUCUGAUAGUGGAAUGUGUCAUAUUCCGUAUUGGAUGAUGAAACAACUUCAAUUGAAGGAAGGUGACUACUUGACCAUCAGGAACGUACGCCUUCCCAAGGCUAACUGGGUAAAGUUCAGGCCGUUAAGUGAUAAUUAUUGGGAUAUAUCAAAUCCCAAGGCAGUCCUCGAAACUGCAUUGCGAAACUUCGCGGCUUUGUCGGUGGGGGAUAAAAUCCCUAUCCAUUAUCUAAGCAACGUUUACGAGUUGUAUGUCAUGGACUUGCGUCCUUCGGAUGCAUGUUGUAUUAUUGAGACGGAUAUGGAGGUCGAAUUUGCGGAACCCAAGAAGAAGAAACCGCAACCAUUGCCUACAGUUUCUGGAAAGCGUCUCGAUGGAAAAAUGCCUGUUGUGCGUCAGAAAGAGGUUGACGCAGUGAAACCAUGGCUACGUAGGUUGCGUCAUGGUAUCCGGACUACUUGCGAUGAGUUCCAAAGGAUGGUUCGUCUGGGCAGCGUAGUACCAUGUUCACCUAAGCCAAUGUCUGACGACCGGGCGUGUUCUCCACAACUGUCGGAAUUUUACAGUUGUUUGGGAUCCUCUGGCCGCGACAUAUCGCAAUGUAGCCGCGAGCUUGGCGCGCUACGUCAGUGUAGCGACGGGGACAAAACAAAUAACUAUUGUGUUAAUGAGAUAAUGCGCCUUCUACGGUGUACAGCUGAGCCUGAUUCUACGGGAUGUGCGAAAGAGUUUAUAACCUUUCGGGAGUGUAAUCGCCCUGGUGGUCCCGAGAUCAUGAUAAAGGACAACAUGUACACGAUAAAUAGGGAUCACUUACAGAAGUACAACGUGACCUCCGACGUAGUGGCCCCGGUAACCGCCCCUUGGCGUGAGGGACGGGCGAUAAGCCGUGCCUUGGAUCGACUCCGUACAGCCUGCGGUUUCAAGAACUUCGAGGAAAAUUUCACUCCAAAGGUUAAGAUUUAA